ACCGCCGGCUUCCCCCUAAUCCUCCUCCCCCUCUCCCUCUCCUACCUCCUCCGCCGCCGAAAUUCAAACCCUGACCUUCCCGCCAAAUCAAGAACCCGCGUAACCGCCCUCCCGCUCUUCGUCUCCACCGCCUUCCUCGGGGCCCUCGUCGGCCUCGACGACUUCCUCUACGCCUACGGCAUGUCCUACCUCCCCGUCUCCACUUCCUCGCUUCUGAUCUCGACCCAGCUCGGUUUCACCGCGCUGUUCGCGUUCUUGGUCGUGAGGCAGAAGUUCACGGCGUUCUCGAUCAACGCGGUGGCGUUGCUGAGCUUCGGAGCGCUGGUGCUGGGGAUCCAAGCCAAGGGGGACCGGCCGAGGGGGGUGAGUAGGGGGCAGUACUACCUGGGCUUUGUUAUGAUGCUCGGCACGGCGGCGCUUUAUGGGCUGGUGUUGCCGUUGGUGGAGUUGGUGUAUAGGAAGGUGAAGGGGACGGUGACGUUUACGUUGGUGAUGGAGAUGCAGUUUGUUAUGGGUCUGUUCGCUACUUUGUUCUGUGUUGUGGGGAUGAUCGUGAACAAGGAUUUUCAGGUGGUAGCUAGCCCCGUUCUGAACUCUACGAUCUCUUGUUGUUUAGAUUGA